AUGGAGGUAUAUAAGCACAGGCGCAUUCCUGAAACCUUGCGAGAUUUCCUAACUUAUUUGCCUGGAAUUUGUUCCAAUGAGUACAACGAGCUAGUGAGUUACGUUCUUUGGAAGACGGUGACUUUAUGCGUAAGUAACUCCAAUCAUUCAAUUCAGUGGAGAUCCAUUAUCGAAAACCUUGAUGAUAUCAGAACGAACAAGUCGAAGUACAAUAACCUAUUACCCAACAGUGAAUGGAGAAAGCAGUUCUUUGAUGAACCUCCCGAAAGCCACCAUGAUGGCUUUAUGUGUUCGAGGGAUUGCUUUGCCUUCGAAACUGUCUAUUAUUGCUUUACUUGUACCACCAACCCAUUUGAUGAAAUUUGCGAUUACUGUUUCGAUAAGGAGCAGCAUAUAGGUCACGAUUAUACUGCAAAGAUUGUGAUACGAUCUGAGGGGAGGGUAUGUCAUUGUGGGGAUUCUGCGGCGUUUAAAAUUGCCAAAAAUGCAUAUAAGUGCAAAGCUUCAUCUCACAACAAGGCACGACCAACUGAGCGUGUAAACAGCGAAGAUGUGCAAGGAGCCAUUGGUGACAUACUGGAUUACAUUAUUGAAAAUAUGAAGCGAACUAAGAAUUGGAAAAUGCGCAACAAAGCCACAGUAGAAUUUGACGAUGUAGAACAGGGUAUAGAUAGUGUUGUCCCUGGCACGGGCGAUAAUGAUAACGCAAAUCUGGGGAACACCACGAUACCGAAUGGUAAUGUCAAACUCCGCGAUAGCUUCGAAAACUUAUGUGACAUGGUCUACUCACAGUACGCUAGUAACAGAAAUCUCGAGGAAAAAUGGGCAUUGCAAAUUGAUAACGAAGAUUUGGUAACUUAUUCGGUAGAUUUAGUUUCCAAACUGACGCGUAUUUUGAACAAACCUGUAGAAUACGCAACUUCGAUAAUCACGGCGCUGGAGAACGACACGUCCCCAGUUACCGUGCUCGAAUCUCAAGAUUACUCCAAAUUAGAGAAAAUCCGCCAACUGUUUUACAAAGAGGGCAUAACAAUGAACAUAAGGCGAAUGCAUGAUCUGUUUAAAAUUUAUUUAAUUCAGGAUCUAAUAGACUGGCUUUACACCUUUUCCCGCUCCAAAAUCAAUUGCCAUGACGUUAAGGCGGCUAUCCGGUGUGCUAUGCUUUGUCCUUGGAGGGCGAAAGAGCCCCCCUCAGAAUAUGAUUCUCUUUCUCCAGAUCCAAUGGUCAAUGAAAUUAAUUUAUUUGGUGGAUUUUUGGUUUCAGGGAAACAAGAUACCACGAAUCCUUGGUUCACGCCUUGGAACUUCACUGACAUCGAUGAUCAAAGAAUUUCACAGAUAAUGGUAGAAUAUAACAUAAAUUUGGUACAGGGGACCACUUCGGAAUUUUUGACACACUUUUAUACUAUCCACGGCUCGAGAUUUCAGCAUAUUCUUACGGAAUGCACUUCACACCUAACAAAAACUGCCAGUUUUAGGAUAGUGAACGUGCUUUGUUCUCUUUUCACAAUUACAGAUAACAUCAGAAAAUGUUUAGCCGCCCAGUAUUUUGAUGUUUAUUUAACAUUACUAUAUGAUACAGUUGCUUCAGACAAAGGUCAGACAAAGGUUUCGUUGAUAAGUCUUCUGUCUCAGUACACAUUUCAGAAUCCUUCGUUUGCAAAUAUGGCCAUUGAAAGCGGCUUCAUUGAAAGGACCUUGAAAUUUGCAUAUACCCUUAUGGCUUUUCGACCUAAGGAUUUGACUUCCUGCUUGCCAGUGUCUCUAUAUGACGGGUUCAAAUUGCCCAGUGGAGCUAUUCGCAACAGAAGAACAAUAAUAUGUUUCAAAGAUAUUUGCGUUUUAUUGUCUACACAUACCGCUCCGAAAGAGUUAUUGGAAAGGGAGCCAAUUUUUGAUGGAAUUAUAAACGCGUUUACAGAAUUCAACAAUGUACUUCCUCUAAAGCGUGAAACAAUGGAGCAUGUAGAGUACGAAAACUUUGAGUUUUCCUCGUUUUACUUUUUCUUUUCCUCUAUUCUAAUAAUGACCGACGGAUACAUUCGCAGUAUCUCCAUGUUAACAGAUAAAGAGCUUAAGGCUAGUAUUGUAAUGAAGUUGCUGAAGGUUGCCAUUAGUAAAGAGUUCGAAUUACUGGGAAAUUUUAGAAAGAAUGUUUCAAUUCCAUUUAUCCCAUCCCAACCACUCGCAGAAACGAGUGGUUCUUUGAAAAGUGACUUACUAACAAUGAAAGAGAAAAUCUGUAAUCAUGAGGCAACCACUAUCAACUUUAAAGUAGGGGUCGACAUUCAAAACUUUUUUAACCCCAUGUCAUACCUGUUUAAGUUUGUCCUGGUAUGGGCUCGGUGUGGAAGAUUUUCUCCGCUUCCCUCUGAAUUGAGAGAUUGUAUUGACUUCUCGUCCAUUUUCAAGAAGAAGGAGGACGCUCUUUACAUAUCCGAAUCUGCACUUUCAACUUUAGUUCUGCUGGGGCAAAUUAAUACUGGUUUUUGGGUAAGGAAUGGUACCCCAAUAACACAUCAAGCAAGAAUGUACACCAAAUACAGUAUGCGUGAGUAUGCAUACGUGAGUGAUAUUUACAACGUCCAAUUCAGCAUGUGCAUGGGCAACCCGAAUGAUUUCAUGGUAACGUACCUUUCCCGCUGGGGCUUGAAAAACUGGGCCAAUGGUUUUCCUAUGGGAGACUAUCCGGAAGAAGGGACAGUUGUCGCAAUAGUUAAUGAAUGUCUUUUGUUGUUGAUUCAACUGUUGACAGAAUUAAAAUCUUUGGUAGCUAUAUCCGCCGAAGAGAGUUUUAAAAUGACAUUAAAGUCGGAAAUCAUUCAUUCUAUCUGCUUUAGCAGUGUCAGCUACAGCCAAAUUAUAGAGAAUACGCCAGAACAUGUAGCAAAGCAUGCUGCAUUUGACUCCCACUUAGAAUUAUACACGAACUAUACACCGCCUUCGGGUCUUGUGGAUGUUGGAUAUUUUACGCUAAAGGACGAAUACCUAGCAGAAAUAAACCCGUACUACUUCGGACUAGCCCAGAGCAAGCGAUAUGAGGUAGAAAAAAAAAUGAGAGAUAAUAUGGCACAAGCUAAAGAUAUAAGAUACGAGGACACUUUUAUUCCAGCCAUGAGAGUGAUUGACGUCCUCCUAGACACUCCAUAUGCUGGGUUGUAUUCUAUUACAUCAGAGGACACAUUCGGAGCUUUUUUGAAAAGUACAUUAGAUCACAUAACAAAAUUCAAAUAUGACGUUUUACUCCCCAGGAUUAUUCAUUUGAUUCAUCUUGCUGUUGUCAACAACCUGAAUGAUUUCACCAAAGUAUUCUGGCAUGAAUACGCUAUCGCAGAUACAGAGUUUUGCCAUUACCAUAGUAUAGGUUCCCUUUUAUACUCCUUCCUUUUGAUUGACGACUUCUCAGUGGUCCACGGUAAAAUUAGAGAGAUAUUCAGGUAUCUUCACCAUACUGCGCCGCAUAUUGACGUGGACAGUUAUCUAAAUGAGCAAACUCUGUCGUACAAUGCUGAAGUCGUGUGGUCAGGAGGGCAAGUCAAUAUCGUGAAAGAUGAAGCUCUUCUUAAGAAGAAAAUGAAGGCCAAACUUAGAACCGAGAAGCUGUUGCAAAAAUUUGCUCGUCAACAAGCAAGAUUUAUGGAGAACAACACCAACGAUGUACGCUCAGAUGAAGAUGUUAAUAUGGAAUCCCCUGGAAACAGUCGCGCCACAUUUGUAUCAAUGGAUACCACUGAUCCGACUUAUUGGAAUUUUCCCGAUGAUCAUUGUGCGCUCUGCAAAAUGCCCAAAGAAAGUGAUCCAUUUGUUUAUUUCUCUUACCAGGAGUACAAUAUAUGUGACAAUGAUGUAAAUUUCAAUAACAGCGGGUCUGUGAAGAAAUUAUUUUGGCCAGAAAAAGAAGCAAAGCGAAGCAGCUUGGGGCAUAUUGAUAAAAGACACGUUAUUAGAGCAUGUGGCCAUGGUGCGCAUAUUAAAUGUCUCGGUAACCAUAUGAAGAGUAAGAGAGAAGUCCAUACUCAGGCAACCAAAAACAUACCAUGUUCAUUUGGUUAUGGUCUGUUAUACUGUCCUGUUUGUAACUCUCUGGGAAACUCGUUUUUACCUAAUACGCAAGACUACCAAAAGAGGUGUUUAAAUGACUUUUUCUCGAUCAGAUCAACACCUGCGGGUGAUGUGUACGAUGAUAGAUCAGGAUCGAUCGCGGUACGUGAUAAAGCGACAAUGAUCUUCAUGAAACUGUCUGGGUAUAACGAACCAUAUGGUGGUAAUUCGUAUGGAACUUUGAACAUGCUCGUUGUUAACACCGUCUUUAAUCUGGAGCUUCGUCUUCGUUCCAGAUUCUUAGAUAAACAGGCAAUAAUCACGCGUCCAAAGAUCUCAAAUCAAUGUUUGAUGACAUUGAGGUUGCUAAUGGAACUUAAAUCCCAAGUUUUCCUUGCAGGCGCGUAUUCUUAUCGUCCAUUAGAAGAUGCAAUUUUCUUCGAGAAGAAUGAUAAAAACUGCUGGGACCUUUUUGCUUCCAACAUCUGUGGGGAGAAUCUGCUUCUUUGUGUAUCAACGAUGCUCGAAAAUGCCGGUGGAUUAAAAGUGGUGGGUAAUGCUUGUCUUUUGAGGGUGUUAAAGCUGAAAUUUUUUCAAGACUUUUCAAGUUUAAUGCUAAAUUUGAAAGAUAGCAAUCUCGUGGAGUUAUUGAGUAAAUCGGAGAGCUACUCAUUGGAUGCUGUGCGUAAACGAUACGGUUCCUCAUUCGACCAAGAGGGUUUUACAACGAUGGAACUACUGCUGAGAGAUUUUAUGUCUUUGACAGAUUCUUCAGGUCUCCAAGUUCCUGUUGAAACGUUCAAAUAUCACAUUUACGACAUAAUGAAAAAGGGUAUUACCGUUUUUCUCAGGAGGGUAUACAUCUUAUUUCUAGCAAGGUAUCCAGAUUUUGAAAAUUCCAUCGAUGAACCGCAGAUUGAUGAAACGGAUUACUAUGUUCGAGGGCUUAAGUUACCGGGUGUAUCUUCAUUCUCAAAUUUUUUGAAGAUUUAUAUGCUUGAUAUGAAUGACAUACUGCAGAAUAAACCGUUGGUAAGAACUUUUAAUGAACUUAAGGGUGUGAAAUCUGAAAUCCCUUCGUUCCCAUGCCCCGAGCGAAUCUAUUUGCUGAAUCUACCUCAUAAACUUUCGGAUAUCGUUCUUGAACUGGAGAGGGCUGAUACUGGAAAGUACUUGAGAACUGAGCCGGCAGUGUGUCUCUUCUGUGGGGAAGUCAAGAAUAUCCAAGGUCACGUUGUGCAGACCAUGUACCGAAUGGGUGAAUGUACAGAUCAUGUUCGAAAUGAGUGUGCGGCAAUGUCGACGUUCGGAGUCUUUUUGAUAGUGAAGACUAACAUGCUGUAUAUCUCGUAUGGGGAGAGGGGUACAUUUUUUCCCACACCAUACAUGAACAAGUACGGUGACUCUGAUGUCGAGUUCAAGUUCGCUACGCCUGUGUAUUUAGAUGCAGAUCGGUACGAUGCACUGAGCAACGACUUGAUACUGGGCAAUAUGGUACCGCAUAUUGUGUUUUGCAGAACCGACUGCAACGCCGAUCUUGGUGGAUGGGAGACGCUAUGA